AUGGCUGUCGCUGCCGCCUCCGCGGCGCUGGCUCACGGCGAGCCGAACACGGCGGAGGCGGAAGCCUUGCGCCAGAUCGGCGCAAUGGAGGCGCUGCUAGCGCGCGCGGACGAACAUAUCACAUCCAUCGCCGCCUGCGGCACUCGCGGGGGGCCCACGCGCGCGCAGCUCCCCGCGCUGACGGCGGGCGCGCAGAACGCGCUGGCGGCGCUUGGGGGCGUGGAGCGGGAGUUGCGGUCGCUGGCGGAAGAGAUGGCGGAGGGCAACGAGUGCGCGGUUGGGGCCCGCGAGGAGGGCGGCGGAGGCGGAAGCGAAAGCUUUGCGCAGAGAGUCCCCGUGUGGCAGCAGGUGCAGGCGGCCCUGCAGCAGCUGCACCAGGCGCAUCCAGUACUGCGGCAGCGGUUGCGCCAUGCCACCAUGACGGCUCAACACAAUCUCACGCGGCAAGCACACAAGGAGAGAGACGAGCUGCUAGGGGCAGGACGAGAGGCAUCGUUGCGGCGAAGAAAACUAGAAUCAGCAGCACAGAUGGCAGCAGCAGCUGAGGAGGUCACUUCCACGCUCCGACGAACACGACACGUCAUGGAACAGCUCCUUUGGAUGGGCGCUGGUCUCCCAUCUAACCACGGCAUCGUGCAUCCCUCCCUCCAUUCUCCUCAUGCCAUCCCUCCCUCCAUUCUCCUCAUGCCAUCCCUCCCUCCAUUCUCCUCAUGCCAUCCCUCCCUCCAUUCUCCUCAUGCCAUCCCUCCCUCCAUUCUCCUCAUGCCAUCCCUCCCUCCAUUCUCCUCAUGGCAUCCCUCCCUCCAUUCUCCUCAUGGCAUCCCUCCCUCCAUUCUUCUCAUGGCAUCCCUCCCUCCAUUCUCCUCAUGGCAUCCCUCCCUCCAUUCUCCUCAUGGCAUCCCUCCCUCCAUUCUUCUCAUGGCAUCCCUCCCUCCAUUCUCCUCAUGGCAUCCCUCCCUCCAUUCUCCUCAUGGCAUCCCUCCCUCCAUUCUCCUCAUGGCAUCCCUCCCUCCAUUCUCCUCAUGGCAUCCCUCCCUCCAUUCUCCUCAUGGCAUCCCUCCCUCCAUUCUCCUCAUGGCAUCCCUCCCUCCAUUCUCCUCAUGGCAUCCCUCCCUCCAUUCUCCUCAUGGCAUCCCUCCCUCCAUUCUCCUCAUGGCAUCCCUCCCUCCAUUCUCCUCAUGGCAUCCCUCCCUCCAUUCUCCUCAUGGCAUCCCUCCCUCCAUUCUUCUCAUGGCAUCCCUCCCUCCAUUCUCCUCAUGGCAUCCCUCCCUCCAUUCUCCUCAUGGCAUCCCUCCCUCCAUUCUCCUCAUGGCAUCCUUCCCUCCAUUCUCCUCAUGGCAUCCCUCCCUCCAUUCUCCUCAUGGCAUCCCUCCCUCCAUUCUCCUCAUCACAUCCCUCCCUCCAUUCUCCUCAUGGCAUCCCUCCCUCCAUUCUCCUCAUGGCAUCCCUCCCUCCAUUCUCCUCAUGGCAUCCCUCCCUCCAUUCUCCUCAUGGCAUCCCUCCCUCCAUUCUCCUCAUGGCAUCCCUCCCUCCAUUCUUCUCAUGGCAUCCCUCCCUCCAUUCUUCUCAUGGCAUCCCUCCCUCCAUUCUUCUCAUGGCAUCCCUCCCUCUAUUCUUCUCAUGGCAUCCCUCCCUCCAUUCUCCUCAUGGCAUCCCUCCCUCCAUUCUCCUCAUGGCAUCCCUCCCUCCAUUCUCCUCAUGGCAUCCCUCCCUCCAUUCUCCUCAUGGCAUCCCUCCCUCCAUUCUCCUCAUGGCAUCCCUCCCUCCAUUCUCCUCAUGGAAUCCCUCCCUCCAUUCUCCUCAUGGCAUCCCUCCCUCCAUUCUCCUCAUGGCAUCCCUCCCUCCAUUCUCCUCAUGGCAUCCCUCCCUCCAUUCUCCUCAUGGCAUCCCUCCCUCCAUUCUCCUCAUGGCAUCCCUCCCUCCAUUCUUCUCAUGGCAUCCCUCCCUCCAUUCUCCUCAUGGCAUCCCUCCCUCCAUUCUCCUCAUGGCAUCCCUCCCUCCAUUCUCCUCAUGGCAUCCCUCCCUCCAUUCUCCUCAUGGCAUCCCUCCCUCCAUUCUUCUCAAGGCAUCCCUCCCUCCAUUCUCCUCAUGGCAUCCCUCCCUCCAUUCUCCUCAUGGCAUCCCUCCCUCCAUUCUCCUCAUGGCAUCCCUCCCUCCAUUCUCCUCAUGGCAUCCCUCCCUCCAUUCUUCUCAUGGCAUCCCUCCCUCCAUUCUUCUCAUGGCAUCCCUCCCUCCAUUCUUCUCAUGGCAUCCCUCCCUCCAUUCUUCUCAUGGCAUCCCUCCCUCCAUUUUCCUCAUGGCAUCCCUCCCUCCAUUCUCCUCAUGGCAUCCCUCCCUCCAUUCUCCUCAUGGCAUCCCUCCCUCCAUUCUCCUCAUGGCAUCCCUCCCUCCAUUCUUCUCAUGGCAUCCCUCCCUCCAUUCUUCUCAUGGCAUCCCUCCCUCCAUUCUUCUCAUGGCAUCCCUCCCUCCAUUCUUCUCAUGGCAUCCCUCCCUCCAUUUUCCUCAUGGCAUCCCUCCCUUCAUUCUCCUCAUGGCAUCCCUCCCUCCAUUCUCCUCAUGGCAUCCCUCCCUCCAUUCUCCUCAUGGCAUCCCUCCCUCCAUUCUCCUCAUGGAAUCCCUCCCUCCAUUCUCCUCAUGGCAUCCCUCCCUCCAUUCUCCUCAUGGCAUCCCUCCCUCCAUUCUCCUCAUGGCAUCCCUCCCUCCAUUCUCCUCAUGGCAUCCCUCCCUCCAUUCUCCUCAUGGCAUCCCUCCCUCCAUUCUCCUCAUGGCAUCCCUCCCUCCAUUCUCCUCAUGGCAUCCCUCCCUCCAUUCUCCUCAUGGCAUCCCUCCCUCCAUUCUUCUCAUGGCAUCCCUCCCUCCAUUCUCCUCAUGGCAUCCCUCCCUCCAUUCUUCUCAUGGCAUCCCUCCCUCCAUUCUCCUCAUGGCAUCCCUCCCUCCAUUCUCCUCAUGGCAUCCCUCCCUCCAUUCUUCUCAUGGCAUCCCUCCCUCCAUUCUCCUCAUGGCAUCCCUCCCUCCAUUCUCCUCAUGGCAUCCCUCCCUCCAUUCUCCUCAUGGCAUCCCUCCCUCCAUUCUCCUCACGGCAUCCCUCCCUCCAUUCUCCUCGUGGCAUCCCUCCCUCCAUUCUCCUCAUGGCAUCCCUCCCUCCAUUCUCCUCAUGGCAUCCCUCCCUCCAUUCUCCUCAUGGCAUCCCUCCCUCCAUUCUCCUCAUCACAUCCCUCCCUCCAUUCUCCUCAUGGCAUCCCUCCCUCCAUUCUCCUCAUGGCAUCCCUCCCUCCAUUCUCCUCAUGGCAUCCCUCCCUCCAUUCUCCUCAUGGCAUCCCUCCCUCCAUUCUCCUCAUGGCAUCCCUCCCUCCAUUCUCCUCAUGGCAUCCCUCCCUCCAUUCUUCUCAUGGCAUCCCUCCCUCCAUUCUUCUCAUGGCAUCCCUCCCUCCAUUCUUCUCAUGGCAUCCCUCCCUCUAUUCUUCUCAUGGCAUCCCUCCCUCCAUUCUCCUCAUGGCAUCCCUCCCUCCAUUCUCCUCAUGGCAUCCCUCCCUCCAUUCUCCUCAUGGCAUCCCUCCCUCCAUUCUCCUCAUGGCAUCCCUCCCUCCAUUCUCCUCAUGGCAUCCCUCCCUCCAUUCUCCUCAUGGAAUCCCUCCCUCCAUUCUCCUCAUGGCAUCCCUCCCUCCAUUCUCCUCAUGGCAUCCCUCCCUCCAUUCUCCUCAUGGCAUCCCUCCCUCCAUUCUCCUCAUGGCAUCCCUCCCUCCAUUCUCCUCAUGGCAUCCCUCCCUCCAUUCUUCUCAUGGCAUCCCUCCCUCCAUUCUCCUCAUGGCAUCCCUCCCUCCAUUCUCCUCAUGGCAUCCCUCCCUCCAUUCUCCUCAUGGCAUCCCUCCCUCCAUUCUCCUCAUGGCAUCCCUCCCUCCAUUCUCCUCAUGGCAUCCCUCCCUCCAUUCUCCUCAUGGCAUCCCUCCCUCCAUUCUUCUCAUGGCAUCCCUCCCUCCAUUCUCCUCAUGGCAUCCCUCCCUCCAUUCUCCUCAUGGCAUCCCUCCCUCCAUUCUCCUCAUGGCAUCCUUCCCUCCAUUCUCCUCAUGGCAUCCCUCCCUCCAUUCUCCUCAUGGCAUCCCUCCCUCCAUUCUCCUCAUCACAUCCCUCCCUCCAUUCUCCUCAUGGCAUCCCUCCCUCCAUUCUCCUCAUGGCAUCCCUCCCUCCAUUCUCCUCAUGGCAUCCCUCCCUCCAUUCUCCUCAUGGCAUCCCUCCCUCCAUUCUCCUCAUGGCAUCCCUCCCUCCAUUCUUCUCAUGGCAUCCCUCCCUCCAUUCUUCUCAUGGCAUCCCUCCCUCCAUUCUUCUCAUGGCAUCCCUCCCUCUAUUCUUCUCAUGGCAUCCCUCCCUCCAUUCUCCUCAUGGCAUCCCUCCCUCCAUUCUCCUCAUGGCAUCCCUCCCUCCAUUCUCCUCAUGGCAUCCCUCCCUCCAUUCUCCUCAUGGCAUCCCUCCCUCCAUUCUCCUCAUGGCAUCCCUCCCUCCAUUCUCCUCAUGGAAUCCCUCCCUCCAUUCUCCUCAUGGCAUCCCUCCCUCCAUUCUCCUCAUGGCAUCCCUCCCUCCAUUCUCCUCAUGGCAUCCCUCCCUCCAUUCUCCUCAUGGCAUCCCUCCCUCCAUUCUCCUCAUGGCAUCCCUCCCUCCAUUCUUCUCAUGGCAUCCCUCCCUCCAUUCUCCUCAUGGCAUCCCUCCCUCCAUUCUCCUCAUGGCAUCCCUCCCUCCAUUCUCCUCAUGGCAUCCCUCCCUCCAUUCUCCUCAUGGCAUCCCUCCCUCCAUUCUUCUCAUGGCAUCCCUCCCUCCAUUCUCCUCAUGGCAUCCCUCCCUCCAUUCUCCUCAUGGCAUCCCUCCCUCCAUUCUCCUCAUGGCAUCCCUCCCUCCAUUCUCCUCAUGGCAUCCCUCCCUCCAUUCUUCUCAUGGCAUCCCUCCCUCCAUUCUUCUCAUGGCAUCCCUCCCUCCAUUCUUCUCAUGGCAUCCCUCCCUCCAUUCUUCUCAUGGCAUCCCUCCCUCCAUUUUCCUCAUGGCAUCCCUCCCUCCAUUCUCCUCAUGGCAUCCCUCCCUCCAUUCUCCUCAUGGCAUCCCUCCCUCCAUUCUCCUCAUGGCAUCCCUCCCUCCAUUCUUCUCAUGGCAUCCCUCCCUCCAUUCUUCUCAUGGCAUCCCUCCCUCCAUUCUUCUCAUGGCAUCCCUCCCUCCAUUCUUCUCAUGGCAUCCCUCCCUCCAUUUUCCUCAUGGCAUCCCUCCCUUCAUUCUCCUCAUGGCAUCCCUCCCUCCAUUCUCCUCAUGGCAUCCCUCCCUCCAUUCUCCUCAUGGCAUCCCUCCCUCCAUUCUCCUCAUGGAAUCCCUCCCUCCAUUCUCCUCAUGGCAUCCCUCCCUCCAUUCUCCUCAUGGCAUCCCUCCCUCCAUUCUCCUCAUGGCAUCCCUCCCUCCAUUCUCCUCAUGGCAUCCCUCCCUCCAUUCUCCUCAUGGCAUCCCUCCCUCCAUUCUCCUCAUGGCAUCCUUCCCUCCAUUCUCCUCAUGGCAUCCCUCCCUCCAUUCUCCUCAUGGCAUCCCUCCCUCCAUUCUCCUCAUCACAUCCCUCCCUCCAUUCUCCUCAUGGCAUCCCUCCCUCCAUUCUCCUCAUGGCAUCCCUCCCUCCAUUCUCCUCAUGGCAUCCCUCCCUCCAUUCUCCUCAUGGCAUCCCUCCCUCCAUUCUCCUCAUGGCAUCCCUCCCUCCAUUCUUCUCAUGGCAUCCCUCCCUCCAUUCUUCUCAUGGCAUCCCUCCCUCCAUUCUUCUCAUGGCAUCCCUCCCUCUAUUCUUCUCAUGGCAUCCCUCCCUCCAUUCUCCUCAUGGCAUCCCUCCCUCCAUUCUCCUCAUGGCAUCCCUCCCUCCAUUCUCCUCAUGGCAUCCCUCCCUCCAUUCUCCUCAUGGCAUCCCUCCCUCCAUUCUCCUCAUGGCAUCCCUCCCUCCAUUCUCCUCAUGGAAUCCCUCCCUCCAUUCUCCUCAUGGCAUCCCUCCCUCCAUUCUCCUCAUGGCAUCCCUCCCUCCAUUCUCCUCAUGGCAUCCCUCCCUCCAUUCUCCUCAUGGCAACCCUCCCUCCAUUCUCCUCAUGGCAUCCCUCCCUCCAUUCUUCUCAUGGCAUCCCUCCCUCCAUUCUCCUCAUGGCAUCCCUCCCUCCAUUCUCCUCAUGGCAUCCCUCCCUCCAUUCUCCUCAUGGCAUCCCUCCCUCCAUUCUCCUCAUGGCAUCCCUCCCUCCAUUCUUCUCAUGGCAUCCCUCCCUCCAUUCUCCUCAUGGCAUCCCUCCCUCCAUUCUCCUCAUGGCAUCCCUCCCUCCAUUCUCCUCAUGGCAUCCCUCCCUCCAUUCUCCUCAUGGCAUCCCUCCCUCCAUUCUUCUCAUGGCAUCCCUCCCUCCAUUCUUCUCAUGGCAUCCCUCCCUCCAUUCUUCUCAUGGCAUCCCUCCCUCCAUUCUUCUCAUGGCAUCCCUCCCUCCAUUUUCCUCAUGGCAUCCCUCCCUCCAUUCUCCUCAUGGCAUCCCUCCCUCCAUUCUCCUCAUGGCAUCCCUCCCUCCAUUCUCCUCAUGGCAUCCCUCCCUCCAUUCUUCUCAUGGCAUCCCUCCCUCCAUUCUUCUCAUGGCAUCCCUCCCUCCAUUCUUCUCAUGGCAUCCCUCCCUCCAUUCUUCUCAUGGCAUCCCUCCCUCCAUUUUCCUCAUGGCAUCCCUCCCUUCAUUCUCCUCAUGGCAUCCCUCCCUCCAUUCUCCUCAUGGCAUCCCUCCCUCCAUUCUCCUCAUGGCAUCCCUCCCUCCAUUCUCCUCAUGGAAUCCCUCCCUCCAUUCUCCUCAUGGCAUCCCUCCCUCCAUUCUCCUCAUGGCAUCCCUCCCUCCAUUCUCCUCAUGGCAUCCCUCCCUCCAUUCUCCUCAUGGCAUCCCUCCCUCCAUUCUCCUCAUGGCAUCCCUCCCUCCAUUCUUCUCAUGGCAUCCCUCCCUCCAUUCUCCUCAUGGCAUCCCUCCCUCCAUUCUUCUGAUGGCAUCCCUCUCCCUCCAUUCCUCUGAUGGCAUCCCUCUCCCUCCAUUCUUCUGA